AUGCUGAAUAUCCGACACAACUUUAUAAGAGUCGAAAGCCAUCAUUUUGGUUUUAGUCCGUCAACCAGUGAGUUUAAGGUGGUGAGAAUUGUAUAUAGUGCCGCAUCAGUACAGCCCUUGAUCGUCGAGGGAAAGCCUGAAAUUCAGAUUUGCACUGUCGGAGUUGACAAAGAAUGGAGAAAUUUGGCCUGGUAUCCAUCAUUCCCAUUAAUAAUGUCUAACUGGUCAAAUGUUGUUACUCUUAACGGUGCUCAUCACUGGAUUGUCGUUGAUAAGAUACAUACAUUCAACAUCCGUGAAGAAAACCAUGGCCCCAUUUUACAUCUCCCUGUCCCUGUCCCUGUCCCUGUCGCCGGCAGCUCGUUGGAAAGUAGUUUAAGCAGCAUGGAAUUACUUGUACUAAACAAUCAGCUCACCCUCGUUGACAAUUCUGUUCUAUCUCAGAUCACUACAUGGACAAUAAAAGAGUACGGGGUUGUGGAAUCUUGGACAAAGCAUGUCAUAUUUCAGGAUUCGUUUCCAAAUGUAUUAUGUUGUCAGAAGGUCUUUCCAGUUGCAAUGUUACGAAGCGGGCCGAUACUAUUUUCAGAUCCUUGUCACAAUGGUCAUUUCAUUUUGUAUAAUCCCAAGAGAAAGGAAUGUGCUUACACUCAGAUACCUGAUGUGGGUGGAUGA